AUACCAUGUGGCAAUUCGAAGCACUAUCGUAACAUCAAAGAGUACGUGCCACUCCGUAGUUGCAGGAGAGAUAUAACCAGUCACCUUCAACGGUUGAAAACAUCUCAAGCAAACAUCAAAGGUGAAUGGCAGCUGAUUCUUUUGAGAGCUGGGUUAUUUGAUGAAGAUGGUGAGACGCUCACAAUCUGUCCCCUGCACAGAGAUAUUUUUGGUACAAUCUGGAAUUCAAGUAGACCAGUUGCAAAAUGUCAUCAUCCACUUCAUGGCCGAAGCAUUCAUUCUCCUGUAUGUGCGUUCGUCCGUUCGUUCGUUAGUUCAUUCCUUAAUUCCUUUCCUUCGUUUGAACUUCAUUCAAUAAGUCCCUAUUUGUAAUAUUUUACAUUUACCAGGUGACAUCCGAACACACAGGCGAUGUUGAGAAUCCUCCUUAUGGCGAUCUUAAAAACCAUGUGGUAAGUUUCCGGCUUUCAAGGACGCUUCCCCUACAAUCCGUUGAACGGUAUUUGGAUAUUGCUGAUCCUUUUAUAAAAACUAAAUUACGGUUUAAAAUUCUCCACGCACAUUUACAGUCAUCUACCAUGGAUAAUAUUUUCCUUAUUUCAAUGAAUUUUCGAAUACCUCUCUUGAAAUCAUUUAUUUUUUCCCCCUUUUUUCCUUCUAUUCUUUUUCUUCUAUUUUCAAAUGGAGUUUAUUUCGAAGUUCCUCUAGCAGUAAUGUAAAUGACUGAAUGAAAAUAAACAUUAACUCUUAUUAUCAUUUAAUUACGUCUUCAGGAACAGGCGGCUCCUUUGGAUUCAAACCCUACCACUGAAUUAGGCGACUUCAUAAACGUUAGAGAAAAUCGUCUUGUGGAUGAGUGUCCGGUAUGUUUAUUUUUACUCAUGCAUUGAUUUAACACUUAACAUAAACGACAGAUUAGUUUACAGAUAUUAAUAAUCUGCAUUGCUCUUUAUUUUUCUAAGCUCAAUGUAAUGAACAUGAAGUGAGCAUUGGUAGUCCUCUAGAUGAGUCAUUGCCAGAAGAAGACAUUUCAUAUGAAUGGUGUUCUACUCCAUGUGUGAAAUCGGGACUGAAAGCGGUGAAUGAGUUUAUCCGCUCAGCUCCUUGUGCUCGUGGUAGGAUAGAUCCAGUGGUUCGUCAGUUGAGUAUACCUUGGAAGGAAGCUGCACCAAGCACACAGAGAUAUUACAGACAGAAGGGGAAAGAGAUCAUUGAAGUGGCUCUGGAUUGCCUUGCUCCAGGGCAAGCCAUAGAAUUACUUUCAGAGUUGAUGAAACAUAUGGAGAAAAAAGAGAAGCAAAAUAGUGUAGAUACUGAUGUUAGCGAAAUAUCGCGCCUGAUUAAAUUGUACGAAGAGGCCAACAGUUGGUUUACUAAAAGGCAAAUCCUGUCAGUAUUUGUAAACGAUUACUCUAAAGCACAACUUCAGCUGCUUAUUCCUGGAGUAAGCAUUUGGGCGAUAGAUGAGGCAAGAAGGCAUGCCGCUAAGGUGGGGGUGGGUAAACCAGUGCCACAGAUGGAAGCCAUUACACGCGCAAGACUGGAUCCAAGCAAAGUAGACCAUUUUCUAGAUUUUAUCAGCAGACCAAAUUUCGUGCAAGAUGUUGCGUACGGAACAAAAACGCUAAAAUUGUCGAAUGGGGAGAAGAUGGAGAUUCCAAACGUGGUUAGGACAGUUAUUGCUUCAAGGAUUGUGGACUUAUACCAGCAGUACUGUCAGGAAACCGGUUUCCUUUCACAUGGGAGGUCAACCCUCUUCAGUAUUUUACAGGUACGUAUCAAAACAAAAUCAUGAUUCAAAAUCAGAAGAAGAGCGAAAAAAGAAAUAAAAAUUGGGGUUUUAUAUAUUCUGUUAUCUCAUGUAGAUAUCACGAAGAUAUCAUUAUAUGCAUUGUGUCAUGUUUCUUAGUUUAAACUACUUCUUCAGCUUGAUUAACUGAAAAUUCCUUAAGCCAUGCAUAUAGGUGGGGAUUAGAAAAGAGCAAACGCUCUGGAUGAGAAAAGCAGUAAGUAUGAACACGAGGAGAAAAAUAUAACAAAAUGUCAUUAUUGUAUAGAUUUGUGCAGCAUCACAAAAGAAGUCUUUGGCAGGACUUGACAACAUCGCUGCAGAGGGAUCGCAAGCCUUCGAUACACUUGAAGACGUUGUAAACAGGCUAGGAAAGUUAGGUAAGCUCAGGUUGAUUUAAGUUUUGUCCCAGGGUGACCUGAAUCUUCCCAUUUUGUUUCUAUAUAAUGCUAUUUUUCAGUGCACCUUUAACACUCAAACCACCCAACCUCCUAGGCCAAUUUAAUUUUUAAACUUCUUAUUUCUUCUUUAAGGUUUGUCGAAACCAUUUUUGUAAAAAGCAUAUAUUUUAUACUGUGCAAUUUGAACAAAGGCCUGGCCUCUUAACGCAAUUUAGCAUAUGAGCGGCUUUAUCUUAAAUAGUAGUAAUUAAAAAAAAGAGUGGUAACAUUAGCGUGCCUUUUUAAAGGUAAAAGUUCAGCCUGGGUUCAAGGUGUUAAAGAUCGCUUGAAAGCUGGUAAAAGCUACCUUAAGACAAACUUCAAGAUCCGCGUUUCUGAAGAAAGCCAGUGUGCUGAUCAUUGCCGGGUAUUUGCGUUGUCUGACCCUGAAGAUCAUCUCUGUGAGCAUGAACACACGAAAUCAUGUCAAAGCUGCGACAAUAUCAAGAAUGUUCUUGAGGAAAUAGAACUGGUAUUGUCAUCAAGAGACCUUCACUUCAGGUAAACGAUAACUGAUACCAUGUUCUAUAGUCUUCUUCUUUCAAAGCCAAAAACCUAAACGUUCUUGCAGUCAAAACCAAAGAAAGAAGACCGAUUUCUCCCCUAACAGAUUUUAUAUUGUUCAGUUUAUUGUUGAUCGUUUCAUUUUACACAUGCAAAAGAAAUUCUUCACAGGAUAUUACGAGAAGAUAUAUAUUGUAAUUUUACCUGAUCAUGAAGAGUAAGUUUUCUAUUUGUCAUAUCUUAAUCACCCUUUUUGCAAUUGGAAAUGGGUGGCUCAGGUGACUGAAAUCUACAGUCGUUUAACUUCGGAAACAAUGCCGCGUUUACUUCAUUAAACAAAGGAUCAGGAAAAAUAUACCGUGCAAAGACAAGCAAAUGAUGUCGCCCUAAAACGUCAAGAAAUUAUAAUUACACCUUUGAUAACAAGGAAACCAUCAACGUUUUUAUUUUGAUUUUUAGAUAUCAAGACGAAAAGGGGGAACUAGAGCAUGACAUUAGUAACGCUAUAGACAAGAUUGAGCGAUGGAAGGCCCACAUCUUAAGAGCAGUACACCAGGACGUAGCAAAGGAUGAUAUCCUCAACAAUAUGACGCCAGAGCAAGCUUUAAUUAUCAUGGAUUGGGCUAUGAAAUUCCUUCCGUUGAAGUAUAGGGAAACGCAAGGAGAGUGGUUUGGAAAGAAAGGCCUCUCUUGGCAUGUCACAGCCGUGAUAAACCGAAGGAAGAGUUUGAGGUAUUUUCUACAGGCAUAUCCUACAUCUGACUAUGGACAUAUCCAAAACGGUGCAUGAUGCUUUGUCUGUCUCUGUAUGUACUACGCCGCUCAGUCGGAUUAUGCGCAAAUCCUUUUUUGACAACAUGGAACUACACUUAUACGAAACGUAGGAAUUGCAUGCCGAAAUUUUAUCUUUUAAAAGGACACCUGUAGGGAUCUCUUCUGUUUGUUGACACUGUGUUGAUUCUCGUGAGCCACCGUUUACAGGAGGUUUGACGGUAUAUUCCUUAAAUUACCAUUUCAGUUUCAGAUAUUGUAGUAGUCGAAUUUGUGUCCUAAAUAGAAGAAAUGCUGAGUUUCCUACUUAUUCCCUGAGUAACAGUAGAGUUAUACACAUUCACUUGCUGUACAAAAUGCGGUAAAGGCAAUGUAUAAAUUAGGUAUUGACAGUGGAGGUAGGUCGGUGUCCGCGUAACAGGUUAAAAGGUUACACUGAUUACUUUAUUUGCACAUUCUACUGAGAAAAUAAUCCCUUGAAAUCUUUAGCUAUGCAGUGCAGGAAGCCGAUAGUGUAACAUUAUUUCUUAUGUUCAUAUGUAUAGGUAAGGACAUACGUUCAUCUGCUGGAUCACUGCAUAGAUUCUUACUCCGGAGUUAGAGGUUGCCGUGCAUAAGUUGUAAAGGUGGACACUUGCGCACAGGAUCUGCAUAAUCACAACUGGAACGGAGUACUCAUGUAUUCAAACUUCAAGUUUUGCGCAGACGGAAUCAGGAUGUGGAAAGCCUUUAAUGUUGGAGAAGGAAAGUUCGUUCGUUACGAUAAGCUAAUGAAGAGAGGCACCAGCCAGGGAAGUACCCGACUGGAGGUCAUUGAGCCCUUCACAUCCUCGCGUGUGUCGACUGGCUUCUUGUACAAAAAUAGCAAAACGACAGAAAACAAAAGUGAACCUUGUGAAUUCAGUUGCCCUCAACCAGGCUGCAUCAAGUUAUUCAAAACGACAACAGCGUUGCCAAAUCACCAGGACUUUGGCAAGCACAUUUUUUGCACCCAAAAGGAUUCCACGCAUGACAGUAUUAAGCGUAAAUGGGCUAACGCAUGCACCAACCUACGCCCUUCAUAUAUUCCAUCUAAAAAGAACCUUGAAGGAUUGA